GCUGCUCGAAGGGUGCGGUGCGGGCCGGCGCGGCCAUGCACCCGCUGGAGGCGGGUCUGGUUCCCGCUGCAGCGAGGGAGCCGAGACUGACCCGCUGGCUGCGGAGGGGCAGCGGGGUCGUGGCGCACCUGGUGGCUUUGGGCUUCACCAUCUUUCUGACAGUGCUGUCGCGGCCAGGAACCAGUCUUUUCUCCUGGCACCCUGUGUUCAUGGCCUUGGCGUUCUGUGUCUGUAUGGCCGAGGCCAUCCUGCUGUUCUCACCAGAGCACUCCCUGUUCUGCUGCUGCUCCCGAAAGGCGCGGAUCCGGCUGCACUGGAUAGGGCAGACACUGGCCAUCCUCUGCACGGCCCUGGGCGUGGGCUUCAUCGUCUCCAGCAGGAUCCGCAGUGAACUGCCCCAUCUGGUGUCCUGGCACAGCUGGGUAGGGGUGCUGACCCUGCUGGCCACCAGCGUCCAGGCACUGUGGGGACUCUGCCUCCUCUGUCCCCGAGCUACCAGGGUCUCCAGGGUGGCUCGUCUCAAGCUCUACCAUCUGACAUGCGGACUGGUGGUCUACCUGCUGGCCACGCUCACAGUGCUCCUGGGCAUGUACUCGGCGUGGUUCCAGGCCCAGAUCAAAGGGGCAGCCUGGUAUUUCUGCCUGGCACUGCCCCUCUACCCAGCCUUGGUGAUCAUGCACCAGAUCUCCAGCUCCUACCUGCCGAGGAAGAAGAUGGACACGUGAAUUCCUCCAGGCCCGGGUGUAGCCUUGGUGUUCAGUGCUUCCACUGGUGACCUCCAGAGGGGACCUGCUUUGGAAGUGGUCAGGUUUUGUUUUUGUUUUUGUUUUUUGCACUUUUUGGGUUGCUGUGGGUGGGGGCUGCAGAAACUCAAGGUGCUAUUUAUUGGGAGGGAGGACUCAAGGGGGCAAAGGCCCCAGGUGCUCAAGAGCCUGAUCCUAAAACCUUCCUCUUCCUUAGAUGGAGUAGCAGGUGGUGGCAGAGGUGGAUUUAGGGUAAUCAUUUCUGUUUGCUGUACACCUGACUUCAGUGCAGGGUUCCUGGAUGUUAUCUUGGUAGACACAGCUGUCUGAGUCACUUUGGAGAAUGCGCUGUGUGGUAGAAAGAGGCCAGGGGUCUUGCUCAUGGGCUUUGGUCUCCUAGGUAUGGUUGUGUGUGACCUCCCAUAAGUUGGGUAUCUCAGGACUUGAGUCUCCUCAGCUGAGAAACGAAUGUAUUGUUUUAAAAGAUUUGUUUAUUUUUAUUCAAAAGGCAGGUUUUACAAAGAGAAGGACAGCAAGG